UCAAUUUGAUAUUACUGUCAUCCUGGCCCGUCACAGAGGUUUUCCAGGGUCGAUAAAUAAAAUCUUCGGUAAAAAGAUUCCAUAUUUUUGGGCGAAGCGUAGCUUAUUCUAGUUAAAAUGGCCUCGCUUAUCUUAACGAGGAAUGUCCAGAUGGCAAAACAACAUGCCAAUGGCGCAUUGGGAGUGUUGUGUUUGCGAACGGCCAACUAUUCUAGUGACAGUCCACGUCCAUUGAAAACCACCAACUUGGGUGCAAUGAAGCGCGGUACCGGUGGAAGGAGCAGUUUCAAUGGUAUUGUGGCCACAGUUUUCGGUUGUACUGGCUUUCUGGGACGUUAUGUGUGUAAUAAAUUGGGCAAAUCGGGCACACAGAUGAUUUUGCCUUAUCGUGGUGAAGAUUCUGAAGCUAUCCGCUUAAAAGUGUGCGGUGAUUUGGGUCAAGUAUUGUUUCAAUUCUAUCAUUUGGAGGAUGAAGAGGCCAUCCGCAAAGCUGUUAAAUACUCUAAUGUAGUUAUCAAUCUUGUGGGUAGGGAAUACGAAACCAAAAAUUUCAAAUUCAAUGAUGUCCAUGUCGACGGAGCACGUCGUAUUGCACGUAUCUGCCGAGAAAUGGGAGUCGAUCGUUUGAUCCAUGUCUCCGCUCUGAAUGCUGAACCAAACCCAAAGGGUCAUGUUAUUGAAGGCGGCAGCAACUUCUUGCGCAGCAAAUAUUGGGGCGAACAAGCUGUGCGUGAAGAGUUUCCAGGCGCUACCAUAAUUAGACCCUCGGACAUUUAUGGUUCAGAGGAUCGUUUCUUGCGUUAUUACGCUCAUAUAUGGCGUCGCCAAUUCCGAUCAGUACCAUUGUGGCAUAAAGGUGAACGUACAGUCAAACAGCCCGUCUAUGUUUCAGAUGUGGCUCAAGCUAUUGUUAACUGUGCCAAGGAUCCAGAAACAGCUGGCCAAGUUUACCAAGCCGUUGGUCCCAAACGUUAUCAAUUGAGCGAAUUGGUGGACUGGUUCCAUCGCAUUAUGCGUAAGGAUGCUGAAUGGUGGGGAUACCAACGCUACGACAUGCGUUUCGAUCCAACAUUUGUGUUGAAAACCAAACUUACAGAAAUGAUUUGUCCUGGUUCACCUGUUGGUGGUCUGCAUUUGGAACGCGUAGAACUUGAAUGUGUGACCGACAAGGUACUGCAAAACGUACCUACAUUGGAGGAUUUGGGUGUGCAAUUGACACCUAUGGAAAAUCAAGUACCAUGGGAAUUGCGUCCAUACCGUGCUGCUUUGUACUACGAUGCAGAUCUUAACGAAUUCGAAAAACCUGCACUCCCAAAAACCAUUACACCACGCGAGGAACAAAGAAUUGAUGCAUAAAACAAUCCAUCACGCCACCAUGACACAGAGGCGACUGUAUCUACUCGUCGUUUAAAAGGAAAGCGUUUGCGUCUCCGUGAAUUACUUUUUUUCGUUUUGGUGGUGCGUUCGCUGUGGUAUGGUAUUUUUAGUGAAGAAUAUUUUAAUGAAAUUGAGAACAUAUUCCAAAACAAUGGAUUGGAAAAAUUACACAAGCCGUAACAAAAAACUUAACCAAUGUUAAAAAAAGUUAAAAUAAAUAGAAAAUGAGUGCAACACUUCAUACUUUA